GAGAAUCUCAAACACGCUUCUUUUUCACCCUUUCUUGCUCCAAUCACUCCUAAAUCACAAUCUGAGAUUUUCUAAUCACAACCUGAGAUUCUGAAACUGCAGCCGGAGAAACACAGUCAAACGCCGCACAAUCAAAAUCCUUAUCUGUUUUGAUUCUAAUUUCUGGAUCUUUCUGUUGCUUUUCUAUGGGAUGGUCACUAACAAUUCUCAAAAGAGCAAUCUGGGCAUGACCAAGUCCAUGAAUUUCUUUCAGAAUAUCAUUAAUCCAUUCAAACGCAGCUCCAAACGAGGUCUUGAAGACGAUAUCGAGAAAAUUGCAGCUUUGGAGCAGAAAGUUUUCCCAUUUCAAGUCUUAGUUUCCGCUACCAAAAAUUUCCACCAAACCCACAAACUCGGCGAAGGUGGAUUCGGACCCGUCUUCAAGGGAAGGUUACCUGACGGGAGAGACAUAGCAGUGAAGAAGCUAGCUCAGGCUUCAAGGCAAGGGAAAAACGAGUUUGUAAACGAGGCCAAGCUGUUGGCUAAAGUCCAGCAUCGGAAUGUCGUUAAUCUCUGGGGUUAUUGCACACACGGAGAUGAUAAACUCUUGGUCUAUGAGUACGUCGUAAACGAAAGCCUCGACAAGGUCCUUUUCAAGUCCAACAGAAGAUCAGAGAUAGAUUGGAAGAAGAGGCUUGAGAUCAUAACUGGCAUUGCUCGAGGACUGCUCUACCUUCAUGAAGACGCUCCAAACUGCAUCAUCCACAGGGACAUUAAGGCUGGCAACAUUUUACUUGAUGAAAAAUGGGUUCCUAAGAUUGCAGAUUUUGGGAUGGCCAGACUCUAUCAGGAAGACGCAACACAUGUCAACACACGCGUCGCAGGAACCAAUGGUUACAUGGCUCCCGAGUACGUAAUGCACGGUGCUCUAUCGGUAAAAGCAGACGUAUUCAGCUUUGGGGUUGUGGUUCUGGAGCUCAUCAGUGGCCAGAAGAACUCGAGCUUUAGUCUGAGACACCCUGACUUGACUCUUCUUGAAUGGGCAUAUAAAUUAUACAAGAAAGGCAGGACCAUGGAGAUAAUAGACCCGGAGAUAGCAGCUUCGGCUGAUUUGGACCAAGUCAAACUCUGCGUUCAGAUUGGUUUGCUCUGUGUUCAAGGUGAUCCGCACCAGAGACCACCAAUGAGACGAGUGUCUCUGCUUCUGUCGAGAAAACCGGGACAUCUUGAAGAACCGGAGCGUCCUGGUGUCCCGGGAUCUAGAUACCGACGUCGAACGCAUCGUCCUUCAGGAACAUCCUCGGUUGGAACAUUUUCGACCACUGGAUCAAGUACAGAUUCGUUUGGUUCGAACUUGAAUACAAACACAGGAACCGGUGGAGCUACUCCAGCGUCUUCUAGGACUCCGACACGGACUCACGCUACUAGAAGUGCUGGUGCUGGUACGAGCUCUAGCUCUGACCCUCAUGGGAAACGGCCUAUGAUGAGUUAUUAAAAGUACAUAAAUCUGGUUACAUUUGAUUGUAAAUAGCGAGCUUUUUAAUAUUUUUUGGGUUUUUGAAAAGUAAAUUAUUUUUGGCUGUGUAGUGUUUAGGACAGGGAAGGUUUACUGUUGUAUGGUUCUCAUAUGAGAAAAAAAAAAAUUCAUUCAUUUGUUACAUAAAGUAUUAAAAAAAUAAAUAAAAAUCCUCGCACGUAGGAAAAAA